UUUAGGAUCCGAGUGAAAAACAACAUGAUCCUUAUUCAAGACUGGGUAGAGGUUUUCCUUCAUCUGGGAUGCCUGUGAUUCUUCUAUCGGGGCUGAUGGAGCACCCUCCUAUGGUUGAUAAAUUGACAAAAGGGAAUCCUGUAAGCGAGUUUCCGAAUUCAAACAUGGCAAGGCCCCGCGCUGGAGAAUCCAUCUUGUGCGCGCCAUCUUGCCGUAGCCAUAUUGAAUGAGAUGCCACUUUUGACAGGAGUCCACCUGACCGUGCACGUUGAUAUCCUGUUGAUGUCCGAUGAGUCAGAGAAACGGUCGAUACGUUUUUCGCUUACUCGCAUUUUUAAGCGUCAACUGCCGCACAAAUGAUGACGGUCGGACUGCUUAACGAGGCGGAAUCGAAGGAGGCUGAAAUAACCGCGGUAUCGAUGUUACGAUAAAAAGCUGGGGCCGUCGACGGGGCUGCACGCGGCGCUGCGCGACCUGAACCGGCGGGGAAUGGCGGCGCGGCCGCUGAACGUCGCCCACUCCGUGGACAUCGAGGCCUUCUACGAGCGGCACCUCUCCCGGCCGCUGUUCGCCGUUCUGCUCCGGACGAGCGGAGACCUCGACGGCUUCGUCGACUUCGCGGCGACCUUUCCGAUGCGCAUCCCCCACUGGCUGGUGCUCUUCUCCAGGGACAGCGGCAACGCCUCUCUGGCCUACUGUCGCGACCCCGUGGACAAUUCGUUUCGCUUCCGGUUCGACACGCAUUCUCUGGUUAAAUGCGCCGACGACCCGGAAGUGCACGAGUGGUACGUCGUGCGCAGAAACCGGAUAUCGAGAUUUCAUUUGGCCAACUGGGAGAACGGUCGCCUCGUCGCGACCACGAGCCUCACUCUCUACCUGAGGAGGAACAACCUCGACGGGAAGACCCUGCGAGUCGUCACGAUGGACUCGGGCUUCGUCCAGAUACGGGACGGCAGGAUUCUCGGGCUGGGCGGAAGCAUCUUGGAGCAGCUCAGCGAGACCUUGAAGUUCAAGAUAAACGUGGUGAAAAGGGAGCUGGACUACGGCAGUCCGAUCGCCCGCAACAGGAGCUGGUCGGGCACCAUCGGGCAGAUUCAUUCGGGCAACGCCGACCUCGGUGCCGCCGAAUUGACCAUGUCGGCCGACAGGAUGGAAGUCGUCGACUUUACCCUGCCCCUGAUGACGUCGAGGAAUCUGCUGUAUCUGCGGAAGCCCGACGGCUCCGGGGUCCAGUGGUCGGGCUACUUUAAGACGUUCAGCCGAGGGAUAUGGGCAACCAUAGUGGGCUUGAUCGUCGCCACGCCGGCAAUCGUCACCUCGAUAAAGCGAUGCAAGCGGUGUUGCGCCUCGUCGAGUCGAGUCAGCGACAAUUACCUUAACGUGUGGGGCAUCUUUUGUCAGCAAGGAUUGUCCGAAUAUCCCCUGGACACCUCGCUGAGGUUGGCUUACUUUUCGACCUUCGUCUCGGCCCUGAUAGUGUCGGCCGCGUAUUCCGCCUCUCUGAUUAGUUUUCUAGCGGUGUCUGCGCCCAGUUUGCCGUUUUCGACUCUCGACGGGUACGUCAACGACGGCUCUUACAAGCUCAUAGUCUUUCGAAGCAGCUCCUACUACGAUAUGUUCAAGGAUUCGAAGGAUCCCGUGUACUCGAAAAUGAUGGGUUUGAUGAAAAGGGAAGAGGAAUUGCCGAAAACGACGCUGAAUGCUUGCCUGCAGGUCUGUAAACAAAGGGUAGCGCUUUAUUUAAACGAGGACACGAGGAACGCGUUACGGACUCCAUUGCCGUGUCAACUAGUGACCGUUGAAACGGGGAGACUCGACAGGAUGGCGAUGGCAUUGACCAAGCACAGUCAGUACACCAGACUGUUCAAUUUCAUUCUUCUUAGGUACUUCGACAACGGCGUGAUAAUUCGGCUGAAGAGAAGAUAUCUUCUAACUCCGGUCCCCGAAGUGAGACACGGAACGGUCACCGUAUGGGGCAUCGCGCCCAUUUUGGCCAUUGUCGUAGGUGGCAUGGUCCUGUCGGCUGUCGUAUUGAUCGUCGAAAACUUGUAUUUUAUUUUUAAGCAAAAGGCUGCGAAGAACCGCUCUCCGAAACAAAGGAAAGAAACGGAGCCCGACGGCAAACUUAAAAGCGGACAAAAACGGUUGAGCCUCCUCACGCCACCAAAGUUGAACCGCGUUCAGCCAAUUAAGCUCUACUAUAAAUGAAAGGGACGAUAGCUCCGCAUUUCCUAUCGCAAGUGCCAUUUCAAGACGUUUACCUUGGAUGGGUACUUUUCGCGCCUUUGGGUUCAUUCGAAGCGUUUUCCUUUCUGUACCUGCAUUAUGACUAUAAAUUGUCAUCGUAAAUACAGGAAAAUCGUUUCACC